CACAAACCAACAUGUCUGCUCUCACGAAGUCGUUCGCGUCGGCUGGCAGAAGAGGAUUCUCCCGGUGUACAAGGCAACGUUCAUCAGUGACAAGUGUGUCCACAGUUGGAAUUAUUCAUGUCAGGGUAGUCUCGUUGUUUUCUUUCGUGGUUUUAAGCUAACCAGCUAAAUAGAAAGAGUUUUUCGUUCAAAAGCUGAGCUGAUGGAAAACAUGGAUAAGAAAUCAGCAUGGGACCGCUUCUACUCUGAGACCAGCAGCAGGAGUCCCAACUUCAAAAACUUUGAGUGGUUCUUCGGUUUCGAUGCGGUGCAGGACUUCAUCACGCCCCUCCUGCAGGCUGCGUCCCUUUCACGCCAUCCUGUCCAGGUCUUGGACAUGGGAUGCGGCACGUCUGCGCUGGGCCCCUCCAUCUACAGAGACUCCGCUUUGCCAGUGCAAGUCACCUGCGCCGACAUCUCCCCCGUAGCCGUACGGCUAAUGCGGGAGCACAUCCGGGCCAACGCCGUCCGGCCUCGCAACGCUUCCUCUCAAAUUGACUUUUUAGAACUGGACUGCACCCGGCUUGACGGCCACUACGGUCCCAGCAGCCUGGAUCUUAUUGUUGACAAGGGCACCACAGACGCCCUGUUGAGGUCCAAGGAGGGGGCGGAGAAGGCGGCCUCGGUGCUGAGGCAGUGCCUGAAGGUGUUGCGGCGCUCCGGGUCCCUGCUCCAGUUCUCAGACGAGGAUCCUGAUGCCAGACUGGUGUGGUUAGAGGCAGCCGCUCAGGGCCAGGGGCUGGCGGCGGGAGACGUUGGGGUGCAGGAGGUCGGGGUGCUGAGGGGUGUGUGUUACUACUGUUACCAAGUGACUGCUCAUCAUGAUGUAAACAAAUAAAAAUUUAACUUAU